AUGAAUCUAAAAUUGAUAAACUUGCUUGCUCUGCUUUCUGUUAGAUAUGGAAAUAGAAGCUUCAUUGAUGAGCGACAUCGACAUAGAUAUGAGGUGAAUCCUAGUAUGAUUUCACGCCUGGAGGGUGCUGGCCUCUCUUUCACCGGCAAGGAUGAAACUGGUCAGCGCAUGGAGAUUGUUGAGCUUCCCAACCAUCCAUACUAUAUUGGUGUCCAAUUUCAUCCUGAAUUUAAAUCAAGACCGCGAAAACCUUCUGCUCUGUUCUUAGGCCUAAUAGCAGCAGCGUCUGGCGAAUUAGAAGCUGUUCUACAAGGGUGCAGAUGCCAAGAGAAUGUCCCUCGUCCAAUUAGCAAUGGUACUAGGGAGAAAGUAUAUCGGAAUGGCAAUGUGAAGAAGCACGCAAGUAUCAGAUGUGACGGUGUAUACAGCUAUUGCAACGGAGUGUACUCUUGAAGGUUUUUGUUCUUCUUAUCUUGUACUAACAUGGAUUUUGGCAAAGGAGUUUUGUUGACUGUAUUAGAGGGAUUGGAGGUUUGUAUAGGCAUUUGAUUGCGGGUAUAUGUUACAGCUUUGGAGGAAAAAUAGGUGAUCCCAAUAUUUUAAAAUGGGAAGCCUGUAAUAUUUUGGUACCUGUACAAUGCCCUUCUGUUGCCCUUGCGUUUUUCACUUGGUGCUGUUAGGAGAAACAGUUGAGGUUGGCUGUAAAUUUUUCAGUUUCUUUAUGGUUUCCUGCUUAAGGUUAGGGCUUGUUUGUUUUUGUUUUUGUUUUUUUCUUCUGAUUGUUAAUCUUGUGUUAUUUCAUCAACAAAAUGCUGUACGACUAUUUUAUGUGAGGGACUUUGUCCAAGCAGUAUAGCUGGAAGACUGAUUCACUUUACCUGACCGAGGUGUGAAUUUUUAAUUUACCCAA